CGGAAACGUGUCACCAGAAGGGCGUGGUGGCUGCAGGUGAGUAAGAGCGCAGAUCAAGCCGGAAGUGAAGAACACGGUGGAGAGAACAAACCCGUCUACGGAGGCGUUGUUUUUUAUAACUUAACGGACAACAGCAGCACGUUUUGGAGGCCAGUUUUGCAGCUCAAUAAUGGGCGAAUAUACUGGGUUGUCCCACUGUAAACUGGCUCUGGCGUUUGCCGUGUUUAUGGAUGUAGUGGGUGGAGCCGCUCUGCUGGUGGGGGUCUUCGCCAAUCUGAAGAUCCAAGACAGGGACCUUGGAGACGUGUUGGUCUACUCUGGAGCCCUGUUUUUACUCGUGUCUCUGGCCGGAUGGGUGUUGUGGUACAGCGGAAACAUCGAGGGCCUGUCACUUGCAGAUGACAAGAAGCAGGGACACAUCAGCUACGCCGUCGACCGCAUCGCCCGAACCCUCAGCCGCAAGAUACGCUCGCACAGAUACCGCAGCUGAGCAGGAAGUCCCUUUCAUUUUAAAAGCCUUUUGAUGGUGUUCAGUGUUAAUGAGAAACAGAUGCUGAAUCAAACUGUUUGUGUGUGAAAGUGUUACAGACCUCUCCAAAAGAUUUCAGAGUGUUACAAAGCUGAAGCGUUUGCCUUAUUAUGACCAGUAUUCUUCUUUUUUAUAUAUAUCAUCUGACUGUUGUUUAACAGAGCAGUGUUGUCUCAUUGGAUUUCAAUAAAAAAAA